UUUGUUUUAGAGCUUAAAAUUGAGGAGCGUUGAAACAUCAUUAGGUCGCGGCUGGAGUAGGAUGCUGAGAGAUCACAGAGAUGAAGACAAUCAGAACUGCGAUAUUAAUAGGGCUCUUUGUUGGAUGCAUAUCUUCGCAUGUGAUAGAGCUUGAUCAAAGUUUCUUGGAACAAAGGAAUGAUGGAAUGUGGUUAGUUGAGUUCUACGCUCCAUGGUGUGGCCACUGUAAAAAGCUGGAGCCGAUUUACAGACAAGUGGCGGACACUCUGAAGUCACAUCCCGUCAAAGUGGCCAAGAUAGACUGUACUCGCUUCUCCAGCAUCGCCUCAGUGUUCGACGUCUCCGGCUUUCCCACCAUUAAAUUUAUAAAUGGGGAAACAGUAUAUACACAUCGGGGCGAAAGAUCAGAAGAGGAUAUUGUGGAGUUUGUCAAAAAAGCUAGUGGUCCGCCUGUUAGAAGUAUGGCCAGUAUAGGAAAAUUUAAUGAAGGAAAGCUGGAACACAAAGAUGGAGUCUUCUUCUUGUAUCUUGGAGAUGGGAAUUUAGAAAUUGAUCUCUAUAAAAAAUAUUCAAGUGUAGCAGAAAAAAUGGCAGCCCAAGCUUACUUUUAUGCAGGGUCUGAAAAAACUAUACCAAAGGAUGUUACUCCAACAAAAUUUCCAACAGUUCUAGUCAUUAAAGAUCGCUCUUGGUUUGAAUAUUCAGCAUCAGAUGCUAGUUUGGCCUCCUUAGAACAGUGGAUAAAUGGUGAGCGUUUCACAUCUUUUCCAAAAGCUUUAGGGGGGAACAUCAAUGAUAUGGCAGAGACUGGAAAAUCCUUGGUCAUGAUUGUUGUCAACCCAGAGGAUAGAGAGAAAGCAGACCUUACACACAGAAUCAAAGAUGUUGGUCAAACUAUGGCUUCUAAAUACAGAGAAAUAUACCACAGGGACUUCCAGUUUCUGUGGAUGACAGAUGUUGAGACAGUAAACAGCAUUACAAUGGCUUUCCUAGCAACACCAGUCAUUCUAGUCCUUAACACACAAACUCACUACUACUACUUCCCAGAUUUUGAGGUCAAGGACAUUACCAUAGAAACAAUGUCAGACUUCCUCAACCGAGUCAGAGAUGGAAACAUUCAGCCUAUGGGUGGAACUGGCUUUCUUCAGCGACUAAAGAGAAUAUUUUACGAUUUAUUUACCACAGUCAUUAGCAUUUGGCAGUCCUCUCGUUGGCUGUUCCUGUUAAUGUUCGGCCUCCCCACGGCUGUUGUAAGUAUAGUCUGUUAUAGUAUAUGUUGUAUGGAGGGAGCUGAUGAUGUUCCAGAGGAAGACAGCGACUUGGAAGAGGAGGGAGAAGAGGAGACAGGUCAAGAAAUAGAAAACUUGGAGUCUUCAAAACCAUUUCAUGAAAAAGCUGAUUGAUGGUGGAAAAAUAUAUAUUACAGUAAUUCACAUUCCAAAUUAGAAGAGAAUGGAAGGCUCUCUAUGUUUCAAAGAAAGUAAAUCUCACAUAAUUGGGGCUAAGUUUCUUAAAGUCAACAACACAUGCUGGUCAAAUGUGGAUAGCCAGUCAAUGUCAGUUUAUUACAUUUAAAAUUAUAAAAAGAAACUCUGAGUUUAAUUUGAAGAAUUUUUUGGGAACAUGAUAUUAUAAGAAGAGCCUGAUAAUAAUGUGAAAAAAUUGUUCACCUUUGGUUGAAAGAAAAUUAUAUAAGCCGUUCAGGAUUGAAUCAUACCAGUUGUUUACAAGGGGCUAUUGAUCAUUACUAUCCCCCCAUAGUCGGGAUGGUACUAGGUGUACGUGAUUGGUGUCUGUAUCUCCAUAACUAUUGCGUCAUCUUGUCUUUUUAAUGAAAUGUCAGCGUCAUAAUCAUGUACUUAAAUCAAGGUAAUUUCAUACUUACAUGUAAUUAUCCAUCAGGAUAAGUGUACAACUGUGUUUCAAUAACCUUUUUUUUUAAUGUAAUACAUCAAAUUUGUGGCUUUUGUUAAUGAACAGUUUAGAUUGCAUCUAUAGGCCAUCAUAUCAUGGUUUAUACCAAACUGUGUCAUACAACCGUUUCUGAUGAUCUCAUUCAUUCAUGUUAUUUGUAGUUCUCUUUUUAAAUGAAUGUAACGAUGCAGCAACUAGUGGCAUUGAUCAUGUAUCUACAUGUAAAAUGUGUACAAGUUUCUUGAGAUACACCUUCAGAUGUUGCAGGGGCAAUUUUUUGUUUUAUUGAUCUGCUCGCAUUAUACUUUGCAAUAGGAGGAAGGCUUAAAAAUUCAUUACUUUUUGUUCGUGACAGAAAAACCUUUAACAUAUACAUGUAUGUUCGCAUUAUAUGCCACGUUGUGGUGGUGACAUUUUAUUAACAAAUGUUGCAUACAGAUCCAUGUAAAACUUUUCUUAUUUAUUGAAAUCUUGCAACUUUGCCUUGGUUUGGGAUUUGGAGAUGCAAUGUAGACCAGUGUCUGUUGGAUAUCUUUUUCUUCUGUGAUCAUAACCUUUGCUUUCUGAGAGUUUAUGAAUUGGUGUAACUGAAUUUGUAAUUCAGCAGGUGGAGUUUACAUUUUUGCUAUGGAUAUUUUUUAUACAGAUUGUUAGAAAAUAUAAUGGUUUUUUUUUAAUGUAUGUGAUUUUACAUUGAAUGUUAGAUAGUAGCUAAGAAAAAAAUAUGACUGAUUGGAAUAUUAUUUAUAAAAUUCAAUUUGCAAGAUCAAUUCUACUAUGUACUCACCAAACAUCAUAAACUGCAGUUACUUUUCAACUUUAAUGUUUACAAAGAUGGACGUUGUUGUGUACCGGUAAUUGAAGUCUGAUAUGAAAUAUUGUGUAAAUGUUUUGAAGGAUAGGCAAUAUAUGGUAACUUUAUUUCCAGAUAGUCCUGGGUAUUUAAGCACAUUCUUAUGUUUGGAUCGAGUGCUUCUUGACAGUGAUGAAUGUUGUAAAUUAUUUUCU